AUGGACACGCUGCUCAUCUUCCGCGAAGUCUCGGACGACGCCUUGACUCGGAUCAAAAAGUCGUUCUCGACAGUAUAUUACUUUCCCAACCCGACUCCCGAACAGGUCGACGAUACCAAGCUCAAAGAUGUCGAUGCCAUCUUUAUGAACUGGAGCGGACUCCCGGACGACGUCGUACCUUCCUUCAAGAAGACUCCCAAGCUGAAGUUCCUGCAACUGCCUUCGGCAGGCUCGGAGAGGGCCGUCAAGGCGAAAGCUUUCCAGGAGCAGGUCGAAAAGGGAAAGCAGGGAGAGUUCGAGGUCAAGCUGUGUAACGCCAGUGGGAUUCAUGUUACCAGUAUCCCGCAGUGGUGCAUCGGACAGACAAUCUCGCUGCUCCACCAGACGCAGAAGAUGAUCGUCUAUGCUCAUGAGAGGAAGACCUGGGGAAAGAAGGACAUGAAAGGACCUUUCGGAGAAAAAAGUUACUACUCUAGGGACGUUGCCGGGAAGACUAUCGGUUUCCUAGGUUACGGUACCCUCGGUCGAGAGACGGCCAGGUUGUUCAAACCGUUCUUGGUUGAUGUUAUCGCUGCCAACUCGAGUGGGAAGGCUACCAAGGAUACCGGGUAUAUCAUGCCGGGAACCGGUGACAUCGACGGUUCAAUCCCUUCGGAGUUCUUUGCAACGACGGACGACAGCUCGUUCAACGAGUUUUUGAAACGCUCCGACAUCCUCAUCUGCAGCCUUCCGUCGACUUCCAAAACAAAGUUCCUCUUGACGAAAGAACGCUUGGCUCUCUUGCCGAAGGGUGGAUUGUUGCUCAACGUUGGCCGAGGUGACUUGUUUCGAUCAGAGGACCUCUUGGACGCGCUCGACGACAACUUAUCUGGAGCCGCUCUCGAUGUCACGGAUCCCGAACCGCUUUCAGAUGGGCAUCCACUCUGGACUCACCCAAACGUCAUUGUCACCCCGCACAUCUCGGGUAACGCUGAGAGCGAAGGUGAACAUGCGGUCGACCUAUUGUUGCAAAACGCCAAGCGUUUCGUCGAGGAGAAAGAGUUCUUCAACGUCGUGGACAUCGAGAAGGGCUACUAG